UCUGAUUGGUGGAGCGGAAAGUCUCAAUCUUUACCCGAUUGGCUCCGCGGAGGUCGGCGCGGACGUCUUGGGCCGUCUAUUUCCCGCCACGGCUGCUACUGCGCCGCUCUCACGAUGGAUGUCAUGGAGUUACCCAGGUCGCGCAUCAACGCCAGCAUGCUCGCUCAGUUCAUCGACCGGCCGGUCUGCUUCGUGGGGAGGCUAGAAAAGAUUCAUCCCACUGGGAAAAUGUUUGUCCUUUCGGAUGGAGAAGGAAAAAAUGGAACCAUUGAGUUGAUGGAGCCUCUUGAUGAAGAAAUCUCUGGAAUUGUGGAAGUAAUUGGAAGAGUGACAGCCAAGGCAACCAUUAUGUGUGCAUCUUAUUUCCAAUUUAAAGAAGAUAACCAUCCUUUUGAUCUUGGACUUUAUAAUGAAGCAGUGAAAAUUACCCAUGAGUUCCCUCAGUAUUUUCCUUUGGGAUCUGGACAGUCUGAUUGAUUGCAAUGAAACUUUUACCAUUAAAACUAUUAAAGAAGACCUAUGUGAUCUGCAUAGAGAGAGCACUCUUUAAUUUUAUUUACUUAACUUUAUUUGGGAGUUCAUCUCAUAUGCAAUUUUUUUAAAUGGCCUACACAGAUAUUUCUUAAGUCCUGAUAAAAAACUUAUACUUCUCUAGCAUAUUGUCAAAUUAGAUGUAAAAACAAAUUUCAGAGUUUAAUGACUUUGAUAAUAAAAGUUAAAAUGAUA